UUCAUUGUCGAGAAUAUUCUGUUCUAUCACGUUAUAUUUGCCAAUAUAGCUGAGAUAUUCUGAUAAUCUGAUUAAUUCCGAUUUUUUCAUUUAUUUCCAAACGUGCAGUUUGGUUCGACGGAUUAUAUUCCAGGUAUUGGCAGAUAUUCAUUAAAGAAAGAAAUUGCAAUUAGAGAAUAGUACGGAUAAGUACGGCUGUACGGAGGUUAAGUUGCAAGUCGAAAUAUCGAAAAAUGUAUCUAAUGUAUUAUUUGGACGACAAAGGAAACAGAGUGUACACUUUACAGAAAGUGGACCCUAAUGGAAAGCCUACCAUGUCCGCGCAUCCAGCUCGAUUUUCUGUAGAGGAUAAAUAUUCAAGAGAAAGAAUUAUAAUGAAAAGAAGAUUUGGCCUGCUGUUGACGCAACAACCACAACCUAGCUACUAAUAUUAAAUAUAUAAUUAAUUUUAUUUGAAAAUAUAAAAUAUGAAUGAAGAAAGUGUUAUGAUGUGGGCCUGAUACAACCAAGUACGAUAAUCUAUAUCUCAGUAAAGGGGUGAUUCAACUUUUACACCCACAACUUCCUUUAAUGAUAACGAGGAAAAAUCUCUGUACUAAAGAUUAUUAUUCUACAUCAUGGAAUUGCAUCCAUUGUUGCAACUUCAUAACAACCUUAAUAAAAAGUUAUACUUC